AUGUCGACGUCCGAGCUAACGUUCCAGCGCCUGCCGUCGUGCGCCGUACCGCACAAGUACUACAUUGACUACGAGCGCAUCGACCUGCUCAACUAUCGCUUCGAAGGCUCCGAGCGCGUGACGCUCGACGUGCGCGAGGCCACGUCCGUGCUCACGUGCCACGCCGUCGAGCUGCACGUGUUCAACGUCUACGUCGACGACGAGGGCGACGCUGCGCCCGUGCGCACGCAACAAGCGACCGCGAUCCACUACAACCGCCUCGACGACUCGGUCGCGUUCCACUUUGCCACACCGCUGCGCGCGCCCGCGCGCGUGACGCUCCGCCUGCAGUUCCGCGGCGCGCUGAACGACCAGCUGCGCGGCUUCUACCGCACGCACUACACGGCGGCGGCCAGCAACGAGCAGCGCGCGCUGGCGGUCACGCAGUUCCAGGCGUGCGACGCGCGCCGGGCGUUCGUCUGCUGGGACGAGCCCGCACUCAAGGCCACGUUUACGAUCUCAAUGGUCACGGACAUCGACGUCGUCGCGCUGUCGAACACGCACGUGCUGGAGACGUUCACGCGGCCGCGCGCGAACGCGCAGCUGCGGCACACGACGCGCGCGGCGCUCGACGGACCGUAUGGGACGUUCGAGACCGUCUGGCGUUUCGCCGAGACGCCCGUCAUGUCGACGUACUUAGUCGCGAUGGUCGUGGGCGAGUUCGACCAGCUCUCGCGCACGACGAGCGACGGCGUGACCGUGUCCGUCUACACGGCGCCGGGCCAGCGCGCGCGCGGCGCGUUUGCGCUGGACGUGGCCGUGCGCGCGCUGGCGUUCUUCACGCAGCGCUUUCAGGUGCCGUAUCCCUUGGCGAAACUCGAUAUGGUCGCGGUCCCCGACUUUCUCGGCGCGAUGGAGAACUGGGGCCUCGUGACGUACACGGAGGCGUAUUUGCUCGUGGACCCGCAGCUCAGCAGCCACGCGAUCAAAGCCGACGCCACGCGCGCGAUCUGCCACGAGCUGUCGCACCAGUGGUUUGGCAACCUCGUGACCAUGACGUGGUGGACGGGGCUCUGGCUCAACGAGGGAUUCGCCCAGUACAUGGAGUUUGCUGCGGCCGACAGCCUGUUCCCGCGCUGGCGCUUGUGGGAGACGUUUGUUCAGGACAUUACGCUGCGGUCGGCGCUCGUGAAAGACGCGAUGGUGUCGUCGCACCCGAUUGAAGUGGUGGUGAACCAUCCGGACGAAGCCGACGAGAUCUUUGAUGCCAUCUCGUACCACAAGGGCUCGAGCGUCGUGCGCAUGCUGGCCGAGUACCUCGGGCGCGACGUCUUUUACGACGGCGUGCGCGACUACCUCGUCCAGAACAGCUACAAGAACGCCGUGACGGAGGACCUGUGGGAAGCUUUGGAGACAGCGUCGGGACAGAAGCUCAAGGCCAUGGCGGACACGUGGACCAAGCAAGUGGGCUUCCCGUUGCUCACGUUGACGCAAGACGACGACGGCAAGUGCACGAUCGCUCAGGAACGCUUCUUUGCCGACUCGAGCUCGCGCAGUACGGACAAUACGCUGUGGGACAUUCCCCUGACGCUCUGCACGUCCGAAAAUCGCGACACUGUCCAGCGUCUCGGGAUUUGGAACGCGAAAACGGCGUCGUCGCAGAGCGCCAAGGCGGUUACGACGCCGUUGGUCGCAGGUGAAGACAUCAACAGCCAGAUCGAGGUACCAGCAGGACCAGAGGGCUGGAUCAUGCUGAACCCGAACCAAACGGGGUUCUACCUCGUGAACUACGCUCCGGCAUUGUGGAAACGGCUCGAGCUCCCGGUCACGAACCAACUUUUAGGUGUCCCGGAUCGUGUGAGUUUGUUGAAUUCAGCGUUCGCAUUAGCUCGCGCUGGCGUGCUUCGUCUGCCAGUUGCUCUGGACUUUACAGGCGCAUACGUUAACGAGCCUGCGUCCUUGUGCUGGAAGGAGAUCUCGCGCAACAUGGGAUACUAUUCCAACCUGUUUAGCGAGGAAGCGUUUUUCCCGCAGUUUCAACAGUACGUGCGCACGCUGUUUGCACAAGUCAUGAAGGAAUUACGUUGGGAUGCUGACCCAGCGAAGGAAGCGGACGCGGACGAGGGUGAGUUCCGCCAAACAGUCAUUCGUCGCUUGGGUCUGGCCGGUGACAAGGAUGUGAUUGCCGAAGCGAACAAACGCUUUCACGCAUACAUUGGUGGCAACUCGGCGAUCCUUUCGGGCGAUCUGCGUCGUGCCGUAUUCGACAUUGAAGUGGCGUUCGGUGAUGCAUCCAGUGCCAAGCUGCUGCAAGAGCUGCACAACAAGAGCGACUUUGCCGAGGAACGCGACGACUGUCUCGCUGCUAUGGGGUCAGUGAGUGAUCCAUCGGCAAAGCUUGAGGUGUUAGAGUGGGCAGUGGAGAAUGUGCGGUCGCAAGGCAUUCAUCACCCGUUUAUCAGCGUGGCGAGUGACAAGGCUGGAGCCAACGUGGCAUGGCAGUACGUGAAAGAGAAGUGGGACGUUUUGGCCAAGAAAUACUCGGCAACGACUCUGGGCAUGAUCGUUUGUGGCACCGUCUCUUGCUUCCAGACCAUGGAUAUGGCCACAGAGGUGGAGGCUUUCAUGGCAGACAAGGACACGUCGGGCUACAGGCGUCGCCUGAAUGUUGCAUUGGAGGCGGUACGUCUCAAGAGCGCUACGUUCGGUCGUGACCGUGACCCGCUGGCAAAGUGGCUAGAGACGCGAGAAGCAAAGUAA